AUGCACAUCCAACUCAAACUCACACUCCUCCUGGCAGCCGCCUCGGCGAUGGCCCAGAGCAUCUGCCCGACGGUGACGCGCACCGAGCUGGCCAGCACCUGCACCACACGCCGCUGCAACGCCGACUGCUCUCUGGUCACGACGGUGCAGAACCCCUGCGGCUGUCCGUCGUCGGUCCCGACCGCCACUCUCGUCGCUCCCUGCCAGGCAGACUGCCCCUACAACGGCUGCGCGGUCGAGUUCCGCACCCUGAACCAGCCGUGCCAGCCCACAAGCACCAGCAGUAGCACAUCGACGCGGCGGACAACCACCACCACCACCACCACUACCUGGCGCUGGCGGCCCCCGACUACUACGUCGAAGUCGACCUCGACCACGUCCUCGAGGCCCAUCGUCACCAUCAGCAUCACGCAGCUGCCGACGCAGCCACCGGUCAUGACGCCCUGCCCAACCGUCACGCUCAGGACCCAGCCGGCCGACUGUCCCAUCGUCCGCUGUCCCGUCCCCAACUGCGUCACUCAAUCACAGCUACGACUGCCGUGCGGGUGCUCCCAGCCGCGCACGCUGUUGUCUGUCGAUGGUUGCCAGUCCGACUGUCCUGGGGGCUGUAUGACGCGCACGCAGACGGUGAGCCAGGCUUGUGAAGCGCCCUGA